CACCCACCCCUAAUAUCACAGGGGGAGGCUGAAGGUUGAAUUUCUGCGUGCACUCAGUUUUAGCCGGUCUUUUUAUCUUCUCCCUCCCGUCUUCCUCUCAUCUGCUUGCCUUGCUCGCACCUCCAGCUCUCACAUGACAAAGCAGCUCGUGCACUACGUAGUGGUGGACGCAUUCACUGAGACGGCAUUCAAGGGGAAUCCCGCGGUGGUGUGCUUCCUGGAGGAUGAAGAGAAGGACGAGGAGUGGUUGCAAGCAGUGGCCGGGGAGUUCAACAUACCCAUAACUUGUUUCUUGGCUCGAGUAGCCGCCUCGGGGACGGACGGCUCGAGCCCGAGGUUCCACCUCAGAUGGUUCGUCACUACCGUUGCCGAGGUUGACCUCUGUGGUCAUGCAACACUAGCUGCUACACACGCUCUUUUUACCUCUGGGAGGGUGGAUUCAGACACUAUCCAAUUUGUCACCUUAUCAGGAACUCUAACCGCUAAAAAGGCGUCCGAGAUUGAGACAGUCAGCACUUCAACAUUACAGAAUGGGGAUGCGCUAGGAUUCUUCAUUGAUUUGAUUUUUCCCACUAUCCUGAUUUCAGAAUGCAACAGCGAGAAUGUGUCAUCUGUCUCCGAAGUAUUUGACGGUGCCUCCAUAGUCGAAGUCAAGAAGACGGCAAAAGAUGACCAUCUUGUCGUUUUCUCAUCGGGAAAAGCAGUUGAAGACUUGCAGCCUCAAUUUGAUAAGAUACGAAGUUGCGCAGGGAGGGUCAUUGCCGUAACAGGACUUGCUCAACCAGACUCGGGAUUCGAUUAUGUCUAUCGACUCUUUGCUCCAAAACUCGGGGUGAACGAGGAUCAAGUGUGCGGGAGUGCAAACUGUUUUCUGGCGCCUUAUUGGAGCAAAAAGCUGAGGAAAAAUGAUUUCAUUGGUCAUGCUGCAUCGCCUAGAGGAGGAGGAGUGAACGUGCGCCUGGAUGAGCAAAACCAGAAAGUCGUGCUGCGUGGGAAAGCUGUAACUGUAAUGACGGGUUCUAUUCUCGUUUAAAAAUGCUUCAAGCAAGCAAGAUUUGUCUCGCAAAUGUGGUACGGGGCAAGAUGGAAUAAGUACUCUGGUCGUGUGGAAUAAAGGACGUCAGUUGUUUGAUACUGCAGAAUAUAGCAGAGAUUUCACUUUGCUUGUCCUGGUAACCUAGCAUAAGCAUCAAAGAAAUGGCAUUUUCAACAACCAUUUAUAUUCCGACCAGAAAAAAAAAAAACAACCAUUUAUAUCGUUCUGUUUUAUGUAACUGAGGGACAAUGCAUCAACCAGUUUGUCUCGUUUGUGUGCUAUCUCUGUAUCGCUGCUCAUUCAGAUUCCGGGAAGCUACUUC